CACCUUCCUUUCCUUUAUUUCCUACUAAAGUCAACUUACGAUGCAUUUCUUUGGAACUGGCACUAUUGCUUCUAUCUUGCUUCUGGCUACUGCCGCCCAGGCUGCCACAGUUUGCACCGUCAAGAAAUCCGGAAAUGGUGAUGAUGCUGUCUCAAUCAAUGCUGCAUUCUCUGCUUGCAAAAAUGGCGGUACCGUUAUCUUCCCUGCAGGCGCCGUCUUUAACUUGAAGUCAGUUGUUGCUGCUGCUGAUCUUAAAGGUGUCACCGUGAAGUUCGAUUCGACUGUCAACCUUCCUUCAUACAACCCCUCAUUUGCCAAACAAAAAGCCUACUUCUAUCUCGCUGGUGACAAAAUCAAUUUCUCUGGUAAAGGCACAUUCUUCGGCAAUGGCCAAGGCUGGUACAAUGCAAAGAACAAGAACGCUCCAGUUGUCUUUAAGCCCAAGGCUACCAACUCUUACUUUGGCGGCUUCACUAUCAAGCAGGCCCCCCGAGCUCACUUUAGUGUCAAUGGAUGCAAAAAUACCAUCUUUGAGAACUUGACUAUCCACACAGUUUCAGCAAACUCCAAUUACCCUGCCAAGAACACAGACGCCUUUGAUGUUUCUGCAUCAAGUGGCAUCACCAUUCGUAACUCUAACAUUGUUAACGGCGAUGAUUGUAUUGCCGUUAAUGGCGGUGUCUAUGGUUUGACGGUCUCUGGUCUCACAUGCACCGGAAGUCAUGGUUUCAGUGUUGGCUCUCUUGGAAAGGACGGAAAGACUGAUGUUGUCUCCAACUUGAAGUUCUUAAACAACAAGUGUAUCAAUUGCCAAAACGGUGUCAGAAUCAAGACCUGGCCUGGAGGAAAGGGCAGUGUUAGCGACAUUACCUUUGACAAAAUCAACCUCCAAAACGUUGAAAACCCUAUCCUUAUUACAACUCAUUACUGCGAUAACCAGAAAGCAUCCAGUUGCGUUGGUAGCGACUCUACUUCUUUGAGUAUCAGCGGUGUCACUAUCAACAACAUCUAUGGCUCUGUUGCUGCAUCGAAAAAGUCCAUUGUUAACAUCAACUGCGCUUCUAAGGCUCCUUGCAAGAAUGUCUCUCUUACCAACAUUAAUAUUAAGCGUGCUUCAAGCACACCAAAAAACGUGUGUCUUAAUGUUGCCGGUUCUUCCUCUAUUGGUUUAUGCAAACAAUAAACGUGAACAAGUCUUCAUACCCACUAAAAUAUGGUUUCUACCUUUUUUUAUUUUAAAGAAAAACUCGCAACAAAAAAAUAAAUACAGAAUAUACAAUUUUGCAAAUAC